AUGUCAAAUGGGUCUCAUAUAACAGGCCAGUUCGAGACGGCUUUUCUUAGUGAGGGUGAUGUGAUCACGACGUGGGCUGUUCGGAUGCCAUGUCUUCAUCUGGCGUCACAACGAUUUUCACAGCAGCCUAUCACUAUCAUCAACGCACUUGACGUUCGAGGCUGCCUAUCGAGUCUUUUCAAUCAUAACACAGCAUACGUCGGAAACUUUGCCUUCGCACUGUUUACAGAAACUACCGUCGGCCAGGUGAUGAGCACUUCGCUGGGCGAGCUCGCACACAUGGUGCGCAAAUCGCUGCUGGAACAAGUGCCGGAUACUCAAAUACGCGCCAUGUUCCGUGAGUUAACCAAAACGAAGCUUGGAGCCCUCAUUGUUGGCACGUCAAAAACAAAACCGCUCAUCUUCAGCAACUGGGGGAAAACCAAGAUCUGUGAGGGUGUCGACUUCAGCCCGGCCGUUAUCAGGCGUGGGAAGCAGGGCCCAGUGGCCGCUGAGCCAGGGAAGCCCGUCUAUCAUCAUUCGCUCCAUACGAAACAUAGCCAGACGGCCCGUGACGCGUUCAACAUCCUCGGCAAAGAUCCUGCGGGCAAUUACUGGAUAGCUGCAUGGUUGCCACCUAGUGCGAGGCCGAACAUUGAGGAGGAGAUGCGGAAGUUGCCCCGAUGCUAG